GCCGGGAGCGCGGAGCUCGGCGCUGCGGGGCCGGGCCGGGGCGCGCGCGGGCCGGAGCCGGCCGGGCCAGCUGAAGCGCCGCCCGGGCGGGGACCGGGGCCGGGCCGGGCUCGGGAUGGCGCAGCCGCGGCCCCUGGCGCCCCCCGGCCGUCCGCGGAGGGGCUCGCUGCCCACUGGGGCCGGCUGGCAGAACACAGAUCUGUUUGAGAUGAUUGAAAAGAUGCAGGGAAGCAGGAUGGAUGAACAACGAUGCUCCUUCCCACCACCCCUCAAAACGGAGGAGGACUACAUUCCCUACCCGAGCGUCCACGAGGUCCUGGGGCGAGAAGGGCCCUUCCCCCUCAUCCUGCUGCCCCAGUUUGGGGGCUACUGGAUUGAAGGCACCAACCACGAGAUCACCAGCAUCCCCGAGACAGAGCCGCUGCAGUCGCCCACAACCAAGGUGAAGCUUGAGUGCAACCCCACGGCCCGCAUCUACCGGAAGCACUUUCUUGGCAAGGAGCAUUUCAAUUACUACUCACUGGACACUGCCCUGGGCCACCUUGUCUUCUCACUCAAGUAUGAUGUCAUCGGGGACCAGGAGCACCUGCGGCUGCUGCUCAGGACCAAAUGUCGGACAUACCAUGAUGUCAUCCCCAUCUCCUGCCUCACCGAGUUCCCCAACGUGGUCCAGAUGGCAAAGCUGGUGUGUGAAGAUGUGAAUGUGGAUCGAUUCUAUCCUGUGCUCUACCCCAAGGCUUCCCGCCUCAUCGUCACCUUUGACGAGCAUGUUAUCAGCAAUAACUUCAAGUUUGGAGUCAUUUAUCAGAAGCUUGGGCAGACCUCCGAAGAAGAACUCUUUAGCACCAACGAGGAAAGCCCCGCCUUCAUGGAGUUCCUCGAAUUUCUUGGCCAGAAAGUCAAACUGCAGGACUUUAAGGGGUUCCGAGGAGGCCUGGACGUGACCCACGGGCAGACGGGGACCGAGUCUGUGUACUGCAACUUCCGCAACAAGGAGAUCAUGUUUCACGUGUCCACCAAGCUGCCCUACACAGAAGGGGACGCCCAGCAGUUGCAGCGGAAGCGGCACAUCGGCAAUGACAUCGUGGCCGUGGUCUUCCAGGAUGAGAACACGCCCUUUGUGCCCGACAUGAUCGCAUCCAACUUCCUGCAUGCCUAUGUGGUGGUGCAGGCCGAGGGCGGGGGGCCUGACGGCCCCCUCUACAAGGUCUCUGUCACUGCGAGAGACGACGUGCCCUUCUUUGGGCCCCCCCUCCCGGACCCUGCUGUGUUCAGGAAGGGGCCUGAGUUCCAGGAAUUUUUGCUGACAAAGCUGAUCAAUGCUGAAUAUGCUUGCUACAAGGCAGAGAAGUUUGCCAAACUGGAGGAGCGGACACGGGCCGCCCUCCUGGAGACGCUCUAUGAGGAACUGCACAUCCACAGCCAGUCCAUGCUGGGCCUGGGCGGCGACGAGGACAAGAUGGAGAACGGCGGCGGUGGCGGCGGCUUCUUCGAGUCUUUCAAGCGGGUCAUCCGGAGCCGCAGCCAGUCCAUGGAUGCCAUGGGCCUGAGCAACAAGAAGCCCAACACCGUGUCCACCAGCCACAGUGGGAGCUUCGCACCCAACAACCCUGACCUGGCCAAGGCGGCCGGAAUAUCAUUGCUUAUUCCUGGGAAAAGCGCGAGUAGAUUCGGACGCCGGGGCAGUGCCAUAGGCAUAGGAACCGUGGAAGAGGUUGUCGUCCGCGGGGCCACCAGCUCUGGAGGCUGCCUGCACGCGCUGUUCUCUGCUCGCUGUCAGGACGGAGGCCAUAUUGGGGACGUUGCCCCCGCUUCCCCCGGGACAGGCCCAAGGGUGUGCAGGAGGGCGUGCCGGCAGCUCCGAUGGCGCUCAGCACCUGCCUGGGGGCUUGGUAUCGUGCCAGAGCCAGUGCUCCCCACCAGGGGCUUCUGGCCCUGCCCUGGCCCCUGCGACCCUGACCCAGUCCCUGCCAGGAUCUGGUACCCAAAGACCCUAUGCCCAGCCGCACGUCCCCCAGUAUUGCCGAUUCUGCAUGGAGCACCAUCCCUCUCCCUGCCCUGGCUCCCUUUCCCCACAUGGGCUGGCCUGGGGCUCCUGCCCCUCCGUGCCUCCCUGGGGCCCACCUUCCUGCCCCCCCAGAGGAGGUGGGGGCAUGCUUCGGGUGCCUGGGGCAUCCCACCCCACUGCGUGCAGAACCUGGGGGGACCUUUCCGCUGCUGGGCCAGACCUCCCCAGCCUGGUUGGAGAUUCCAAGGUGGGGCAGGGCUGGCAUGGGGCAGGGGCUCUGGUCGCUAUGCCCACUCUCUCCCCACUGCCCUUAGGCUGCAGGUCCUGUGAAAUCCUGAGGGACAGAGAGGAGGCAGCCAUUCUGAGGACUUGGCCUCCUCCCAUCC